AUGGGGUCAUUCGAGGAUGCAUGCACAGCGAUUGAACGUGAUAGGGACAACAGGGCCAAUAACAGAAUUGGGGAAUUUUUCAUCCAGCAUCUUAAUAGUAGCUAUUGUUCUGUCCUGUUUGUUCUUGCGACAACAGCGGUGGUGGCUAAGGAAGUAUUUGGCGAGCAGAUCAAAUGUUGGUGCCCGGAUCAAUUUACUGAUAAACAGGUUGAAUUUACAAACAACUACUGUUACGUCAGAAAUACCUAUUAUGUAUCAUCUCGACAAACCAUUUCACCUUAUCCCGAAGACAGAAAAGUCUACGAGAUAUAUUACUAUCCUUGGGUGCCCGUCGUUCUUUUUACUCAAUGUGUACUUUUUGUUAUUCCAAAAUGGACGUGGAUGCAGCUACAGACAUUUUCAAGUUUUAGUUUCGUAUCUAGAACUACAAAGAAUCGAAACAUCAUGAAUGCGGACGAUCACACAAAUAUCGCUCAUUCUGUGAACAAAUGGAUUUUAAUUCGUAUGCAGAAAAAGAAACAGGGAAUUCGUUUACGAAAACAAGCGUACAGCUUCGAGAUUUCACGGGAGAGUUACCUUGCAAAAACCUAUGUAUUCUGCUGUUUCUUGUAUGUUCUUAAUUCUAUCGGACAAUUAUUCUUACUGGACAAAUUUUUAGGUAAUCAUUUUUUGUCUCUAGGAACUGAUAUCGUGUUUAAGAGAAAAUACGAAGAGCACCGACCAGGGAUGUUGCGUUUUCCAACUGUGACGUUUUGUGACACUUUCGUCCGACGUAUGAUCAAUAUUCAAACAUACACCGUGCAAUGCUCGCUCCCAAAUAAUUUGUUCAACGAAAUUAUUUUUAUUUUGACGUGGUUUUUGCUCGUCCUUCUAUCAAUAGUGAACAUAGUCAGUUUGGUCGACCAUUUUGCUAUUUUCCUUCGACGACGUAGAAAGAUGUUUAUCAGAAAAUGUCUACUACUCAGCGAAAACCAGGGUAGUACCCACAAAUAUGUCGGAAAUGAUAGCGAACUAUUUGACGACUUUUUGGACAACUAUCUCGGUGUGGAUGGAGUGUUUGUGAUAUCGUUAGUCAGUUAUCAGCUUGGAGCAGUUUACUCCAGCAUUCUCGUGGAAAAUAUCUGGGAUAGUUUUAAUGAGCAUAAAAACAAUGACGAGAAAACGAGCUAA